AUGAAAGGGAACCGUGACACCCAUCCCGGUGUUUGCCAGACUCUCGGCAGAGAAAAUAAUACCACUCGCCUUCCCUCUCUCUCUCCUCGCUCUCCCCCAGCCCCUCCCGUUCCACACCUACCGCACCACAACACUUCUCGUCCCGCUUCAGCGAUGAAAUCAGUGGCUAUGGACCCCCCGGUUGCUGAUGUCGAUGAUACGGCUGCCUUCAUGGCAGCUGCCCGGUCAUUCAAGCUCGAAAAGGAGUAUGGCAAGCCCCCUGCUAUCUCUGAAGACGCGUCAUCCGAACAAGAAGGUUCCCAGGCCCCCUUCGAGACAACUGAAGACGCGGAUGUGCCUACUACUUAUACCUAUGACGAACCUAUGGGAACUCACGAGCCUGGAGUAGGCGACGCGAAUGAAGCUUUUAACAAACCCAUGAUCGACUUUGAAGCGGACGAGACUGCCACCUCUACUCAAGCCGCAGCUGUUGAUUCGCGUGCUCCUACUCCUGAAAGCGAGAAAGCUCAGCCCGAAGAAGAAGAAGAAGACCGUGAACAUCUUACCACUUUCUCGUCGUGGGGAACCCCUGCGGCUCGCAACAAACCCGCUGCCCAAGUCAGGCGGGUUAUCAUCAAAAACCUCCCUCCUUCUUGGAGCACCGCUGACAAGGUCCUGUCACUGGUGCAUGGUGGUAUGGUUGAGAGCGUUUCUAUUACCCCGACUGGGAAUGCUCAUGUCUUGUUCUGCGACCCUGUCUCGUGCAAGGCUUUUUACGACAAAUACCCGAAUGGGAUUGAUCUGGACAAGGAGAGAAAGUUCACAAUCUUCGUGGACCGCGGUGAAGAUGUUGAUGUGAUCAGUUCGCAGCUCUCGUUCCACCUGUCUGUCGGUUCGACUCGCGUCGUUCGUGCAGUCGGUGUAGAUAUGGGAGCCACAAUGAAGGAAAUAGUCGAGAUCGCCACUGCCAACCACCGCAAGGUUGAAAAAAUCAUCGACAGUUACGUUCCCGGAUAUCCCCGCUCCGUAAGUUUUCGCUUCUGCAGCAUCGACGAUGCCGUCCGUUUUCGUGCUUUCAUAAUCCGCAAUGAAGAUUGGGAGCACUGUAACGUGCAGUAUGCCACUGACCCAUGCGAGGUGGCGACCGGAUAUCACGCCGAUUGA